AAGAAAUUCAAAUAAACCGCCCUGUCUCAGCGUGAAUUUGCUUCGGCAAAGUUCGUAUUUCGUUCGGAAACUCUCGCGGUUUUGGGGAAUUCCAAAUGAGGAGUGACGUCACUAGUGCUGUCAUUGUUAGACUGAUCCCACUGCCUGCAUACACAAACGCCAUGCUGUAGAUGCCUGCGCAAGACAGGAGACCAGUUUUGUUUUCAUUCAUCUGACAGCUGAUUCUACUUUCUGGUUGCGUUCACGCCGUUCCUACCAUGUAAAACCAAUUAUUUUACAUGUUCUAAAGCAAAAAUGGUUUACUGCGUCGCACCAAACUGCAGCAGUGAUUCAACGAAGGUGUUGAAAGUAGAUGGGGUCGGUUAUUACAAUUUUCCUCGCGACAAGAAGGCCCGAAAAGUAUGGGUAAGACGCAUGCAUCGUCCGUCUUCUUGGGUCCCGUCUCUCGGUGCGAGGGUAUGUUCGAAGCACUUCGUUGCCGGAGAUUACCUGCUGGACCCAGCCAUAUGCCGUGCGAUAGGAUUUGACCCUAAAAAACGCCUGCUGAAGCCAGGUGCCUUCCCUACACUCUUCAGUCAUGGUGAAGGCGAUGCCAUGGAUGGUACGCCUACGACCAGUGCGCCGCGGUCAGCUGUGCAGAAGAGGGCACAUCAGCAGGCUGUAGCAGAGGCGGUAGCGGGAUACAACGUGUUGUAUGGAGAGGAGGCGGAGGAGGCAGCUGAGCAGGAUGAUGGUUUUUUGAUGGCUGAUGAAGGCCGAUUUGAGGAGGUUGGCAAUCACCUGAUAGAGGAUGCAGUACUGCCACAGAGUUUAGACGAUUUGGAGGUUUUGCCACAAGUAGCAAGGCCCACAAGGAACUUACGCUGAUUCUCACUCAAAAGAUAUUGCUCAAGGACAUCAGAAAGGUUUCACCAGGAGUACAGACUUCAUCUCUUGAGUCGUAUCACAAAAUUGUUGGUUAUUUCGCUCCCAAAUCCCGCCAUUUCUUCUAUGAGCCAAUGAAAGCAAGGUUACUGCUCGCCACACUCCACUUUAAUGAAAAUUCAAAUCGGAAACAGCGUAUGGGACAAGAUGAACAGCCGCAGUGGUCGAUUUCAUACCCCAAGGGGAGAGGAGGAGCUGCAGUAGCAAAAGAGGUCAAAAUUGAAUCAACAUAUGACUAUGUACAGCUAAUUCUGGAGGACCUGCUGAAGCGGAGAGAUGACCUGCCAUCUUACAAAUUGGCAAGAGAUGCAAAGGACAAGUACCAAGUGACUCAUCCUAUUCCAGGUCCAGUGUGCUCAAAGUACGACAAGCAGG